AUCUCUCACCUUAAUUCUGUUGUAUUUCCGUUUACGAGCAGAAAUGUCAUAAUAUUUUAUAUCUUUCGGAAUCCAAUAAUCUAUCUAAUUAAGGUCAUAAUAAGACCUAAUUUAUUUUUACCUCCUUCUAUUUGCUCUUGAUUUUCUCAAUAUUUUCAUGUAAAAAAAUAACCGAUCCUCCAACUCCCUGCAUCUAGUCAUCCGAAAUAAUUAAUGAGACUUGACCAAUCAAAAUGAGUAUAAGUACCACAGAAAUACCUCGUAUCGCGAGAAAAUCGAGGAUCCGCGGGUUACGUGUGUCUGGAUCACUGGAGCCUUCACUCCUUGAAAAGAGAAUAUCAGAUGCAUUUGACGUGUUCGAUAAUGCGAGAAGCCACGAGGUAGAUGUGCGUGAGUUGGGCACAAUUAUAAGAUCACUUGGAUGUGUCAUAAGUGAAGCUGAACUGCAGGAGAUUCAGGUGCAAGUUGAGGACGUUGAGAAUAACUGCGUGACGCAAGGAAGAUUCGUCGAGUACAUGUCGAAAGCAAUUUGCGAACAAAAAUUUAAACCAGCAGAUCCAGAAGAUCUCUUGCGAGCUUUUCAAUUUCUCGAUGGACGAAAUAACGGAUAUAUAAUGCGAGCGGAUUUGGAGAAGGCUAUGAUGGAGAUUGGUGAGCCAUUUGCCAAGGAAGAAAUUGAUGAGAUGAUGUCAGUGGCGUGUGAUCCAACAACUAUGAAAAUCAACUACGAGCAUUACAUAAAUUUACUCAUUCCCAAAAUUCCCGGGGAAGACGAUAUUUAUUUGAUUUCCGAGGCAAUAGAAGCAGCCAAAAUUGCUGCGGCUCCAAAAAAAAAUAUUUUCUUCAAAGACUUGACGUAAUUACCAGAAUAUCCUUCAAA